UGUAGACGGGAGACACUGCUGUGCAGAUCUCAGCGCGCAAAUGUAUUUUCUAAUGUUUGUAAACCGGCAUUGUUUGGAUUUUAUUUAAAAUUGACUGGUCUUUGAUAACGGUAGUACAGAACAUCUUGGAGACGUUAAGGAUCUAACGGAGCCGAACCAGACCAGGCAGAAAGAAAGACUAUAAUGGUCCUGAGUCAGAUGGACGCCGGUAAAGCUUUGACGGCUGCAGCAGCCAAAGGAAACAGCAGCGAGGUGCAGAGGAUCCUGGAGGAGAGCAGAGUGCAUCCUGAUACUCUCAAUGAGUUUGGUAGGACUGCACUGCAGGUCAUGAUGAUGGGGAACACCAAGAUUGCCAGUCUGCUACUGGAAAAAGGAGCAGACCCAAACAUCCAGGACAAACACGGGAUAGCUCCUGUCCACGACGCAGCCCGUACAGGAUUCCUGGACACUCUGCAGGUUCUGGUGGAGUACGGCGCUUCUGUAAACGUCUCAGAUCAGAGUGGAGCCCUGCCUAUCCAUAUUGCAAUCUGCGAGGGUCACCGUGAUGUUGUAGAGUUCUUGGCGCCACGGUCUGACCUAAAGCAUGCAAACAUUAGCGGUCAGACUGCCAUAGACGUAGCCCGAGCUUCACGUGUGCCUGACAUGAUUGACUUGCUUUUUGCUCACAUUCAUAGUUAGUCUGGGUGCCAGGUGCGUCCAUGGUCACCCUGACCUGACUUUGUGUUUUGCUUUAAACCUGGUGACUUGAAUUCAUUGCUGUGUAAAGGAUUAUUUUUGUUCAUAGUGGCUCAGCAUUAAUAUGUGACACAGGACGUAUUGUCUUGGCAGCUUAUUUUCAGUGAAUGGGUGCCUACGUACAGUAGACUCCUCUUUUGCACAGUGCGAUUCUGGCACCUUAUGUAUCUGUUGUCCCUUUUGAUUGGGAGUGCACAUUUGUAGAUAGUUCCCCAGUGUUUUCUAAUAAUUGCAUUAUUUCUAUUGUGUCAGAACAGUUGACAUUGUAUGUGUUUUUUAAAUAUUUUACAAAACAUGACAUGGUGCACCCUGAUUGCUUUUCAUAGUUGUGUUUCUCUUAAUUAGAUGUACGUAGACUUUGAAUUAACUCUUAUUUAUUUUGGAAUAGGAAUGAAGAUUCUUGUGACUUUGUAAAUAGCUACAUUUAUUGUGAUUUGUUGAAAUGUUAUUUAUAUAAAUACUUUAAAAUCCAAAGUGAGAUUAUUCACUUGACUAUUUGAAGAAGAAAGCACAAAAUAAAGUGUUGAAUUGAAGUGUUUCAGGUCUUAGUUUUUCAUUUUUCUUAGCUGCUGUAAAGUUGGUGAAUCAGCUUCUUAGCUUCAGAAACCUGACCACAU